AUGAAGAAUCUUGUUCUAGAGACGUAUAGUGGAAAUACUGAUUCGAAGGAUCAUCAGCUUUAUUCCAACACAAAAAUGGUGAUAAGUGCAGCUUCUGAUGCGGUGAAGUGCAGGAUGUUCCCGUCAACAUUCACAGGCACAGCGAUGGCUUGGUUCACGACUCUGCCUCGUGGAUCCUUUAUGAACUUUCGUGAUUUCUCGUCGAAAUUCCUCGUUCAGUUCCUUGCAAGCAAGAUCAGGCUGGUCACAAUUGAUGAUCUGUACAACGUUCGCCAAUCAGAAGGUGAAACUCUGAAGCAGAGGCGCGCAAAGGCAGAGAAAGAUGGCAGUCAAAAGGACAUAUCGCCGGUAAACAGGCAGGGUAGGGAGAAGGGGGAAAGCAGCAAGCGAAGGGAUAAUAAACCAAAGUCGUCAGACAAGUUUGUGAAGGAACAACUCUAUCCAAAGAAGGAAAGCUUCGAACGCCGGCGCCCGUGGUCCCAGGCUGACUAUUGCCGGCGAGAAGGAUCAGGCAAAAGUCUGAGCAUGCAUUUGACAGAACUACUCCGGGAAGUAAAGGCAACGCAUGUGGUCGUGGAAAGCGAAAGGGACGUUAAUCCGCCACGAGUGGCGGUGGACAAAACCAAGUGGUGCGAGUAUCAUCGCUCGACAGGCCAUGACACUAGAGAUUGCUUCACGUUGAAAAAUGAAAUUGAAAGGUUGAUCAGGGCGGGUCGCUCACAAUUGAAUGAUCGUGGUGAUCGCUGGCAGGGCGAUCGCCAACAGGGGAAUCACUACAAGGGAAACCGCCAACAGGAUGAUCACAGGCGGGAUGACCUUCGUCAGACGCCAGCAGUGGACAAAAAGGAGACAUUGGCGACGAGAAAGAAAGGAGCGGAAGAAACCUUCAACAAGGACCUCGAACCGUCGGUUGAGACGAUCAACACAAUCGCAGGCGGCUUCGGCAGAGGCGGCGACACGCCGGCUGCAAGAUGCAGGCAUGUGAGGGCGGUGAGUUCAGUACAAGAAUUUUCAACUCCAUUUGGUUUUCAGCACCCGGACAUAGUGAUAUCGUCGGCCGAUUUUGAAGGGAUUAAAACACAUAAGGACGAUCUCGUGGUGGUAAUGGUAAGGAUUAAUAGUUUCAAUGUACGAAGAGUGCUCUUAGAUCAGGGUAGUUCUGCAGAUAUCAUCUAUGACGAUGCAUUUGACCAGUUGGGGUUAACAUACAAACACCUAAUGCCAUACUCAGGGACUUUGGUAGGCUUCUCGGGGGAACAAGUCUGGGUGCGUGGAUACUUGGAUUUGGACACAAUUUUUGGUGUGGACGAGAACGCAAAGCUCAUGCACGUUAGGUAUUUGGUUUUGCAGGUAGUGGCAUCGUACAAUGUUAUCAUUGGUCAGAACACGCUGAAUCGCCUCUGCGCAGUGAUAUCGACAGCUCACCUGGCGGUGAAGUACCCACUGAUCUACGGAAAAAUAGGAAAGAUCGCGGUAGAUCAGCGGCGGGCGAGGGAAUGCUACAACAACUGCCUUAGUUUAUGUGGGAAGAAGGGAGCCAACGAUGGGCACAUAUGUCACGAGAUUGAGAUCUUGGAAGGCGAUCAAAGUCAGCAGGGCGAACAGGACCGGAGCCAAAGCGGCGCGAGAAGGCGGGGACGGUGGACUGGUGAAAGGUUUGGGGGUCCGGGGAGCAACCGGAAUCAGGAAAGGCCAGAUGAUAGGACAGGAAGAGAUGGGCAAUUCACGGACAUUUGUGCGGAGGAGCGCUGGGCAAACGUAAUUGCGGACUUGGAAAUGUACAAAUUCAGUAGGGGAGUAAUGGCGAUUCAACCCAGGCUCACAAUUAGUCAGGAAAGACGCAUGGAGAAGUUGGUGGAGGACAAUUUUGACCUCUUCAAUUGGAGUUAG